CACAUAUAAUUGUUGUUUCAGUGCCUCGGUAAUGUCGGCAAAGACAGUAAAAUAGCAUACACCGACUUUUGUAACGUGUCUUGUUCUAUUUAAAUUCCUUCAGAUUUGGUAACAUCAAGCAAAACAGGGCGCGAUACGUGUCAGCCUCGGCAGACGCGUAAUAUGGGUAGGAGAAGAUAGCAAGUAAGAGAAAGGGGAAAAAGGUGGGGGAAAGGGCCAACACUCUGGUUGGUGCUAGGGCUGCAGCCAGCUAGCGCCCCGCGAGAGCAAGAGACCAUAAUCUCUUAAAUUAACACACGGAAUGAGAUGGAACCCUCGUUCUCUAAACAGCUGAGCGCGCGCAGGAGACUGGAUGGAGAGGAUCGGAGAAACAAAGCGCGUGAUACCGAUUUGAUUUAAGCGUUCACAAGAAAGAAGGCGAACCAAGAAAUACUAUUAUUUCCUUUAUUUCUAUUUUCCAAUUUUAUACCAAAAAGAGACGCUGAAAACGAAUCUAAGGAGAAAUUGCAAUGCAAAGUGGAGAUCGUGAUACGAGUCAACAUAAGAGUGAACGAGUUGGAAGUCUUAAGUGGACAAAUACAACUAACAAGAGUUGGUUGAAACUUGGGGCAAAGACGAAACCAUGCAUUUUCUAAUGAGAAUGUCUCUCACCAAAUGCUGUCAUAUGAUGAGCGUCCUGAUCUCUCUGUACGGUUUCCCAGUGUCCAGUCUGAACAGGAUACGAGCACACGCCGAGGACAAGCUGCUGAACUCUCUCUUCGCCCGCUACAACAAGCUCUCCCGGCCCGUCGCCAACAUCUCCGACGUGGUGCUGGUGCGGUUCGGGCUGUCCAUCGCCCAGCUCAUCGACGUGGAUGAGAAGAACCAGAUGAUGACAACCAACGUCUGGGUGAAGCAAGAGUGGAAUGACUAUAAACUGAGAUGGAACCCGGAGGAAUACGAGAACGUCACCUCUAUCCGGAUUCCCUCGGAACUCAUCUGGAGACCAGACAUCGUCCUCUAUAACAAUGCCGACGGAGACUUUGCGGUGACCCACCUGACCAAGGCGCACCUGUUCUACGACGGCCGGAUCAAGUGGAUGCCUCCGGCCAUCUACAAGAGCUCCUGCAGCAUCGACGUCACCUUCUUCCCCUUCGACCAGCAGAACUGCACCAUGAAGUUCGGCUCCUGGACUUACGACAAGGCCAAGAUCGACCUGGUGAGCAUGGCCAGCAACGUGGACCAGAUGGACUACUGGGAGAGCGGGGAGUGGGUCAUCGUCAACGCGGUGGGGAGGUACAACAUCAAGAAGUACGAGUGCUGCACCGAGAUCUACUCGGACAUCACCUACUCCUUCAUCAUCCGGAGGCUUCCGCUCUUCUACACCAUCAACCUGAUCAUCCCCUGCCUGCUCAUCUCCUGCCUGACGGUGCUGGUCUUCUACCUGCCCUCGCAGUGCGGCGAGAAGAUCACGCUCUGCAUCUCCGUCCUCCUCUCCCUCACCGUCUUCCUCCUCCUCAUCACCGAGAUCAUCCCGUCCACCUCGCUGGUCAUCCCGCUCAUCGGCGAGUACCUGCUCUUCACCAUGAUCUUCGUCACCCUCUCCAUCAUCAUCACCGUCUUCGUGCUGAACGUGCACCACCGCUCGCCGCGCACGCACAGCAUGCCGCAGUGGGUCCGCCGGGUCUUCCUGGACCUGGUGCCCCGCAUCCUCUGCAUGAAACGCCCCUCCGCCGUCUGCAAGGACAACUGCAAGAAGCUCAUCGAACUGAUGCACAAGGGUCCCCCGCCGCCGUCGGUCUGGGCCCCGCCGGACCCUCCCGAUGGUCCGGAACUCUCGGCCCCACCCUCUCCCACACCGUCCCAGCCACCGCCUCCGCCCCCGCUCCUGAGCCACCCCCUGGAGGAGCACUCCCCAAAAACGCAGCUUUUGCUCACCUCCCCCUCCAGCCAAUACUCCAUCCUCCUGGAGGAGCCCCCACAGACGGGGUACCUCACCCCCCCGGUCGCCCCCCUGCUCCGCCUCGGCCUGGACGAGCCCCCGGCGCUCUUGCUCGGCGCGCAGUGCGACUUCAGCGAGGGGGCGGAGCCGCCCCCCCAGAAGCCGUCGCACUGCCGCUCCCGGGGCGUCCAGUACUGCUGCCUCCACGAGGAGUCCUCCCAGAGCGACGGGCAGAGCGGCAGGUCCCCCGGCAGGUCCCCUGCCUUCCCGCGCCGGCCCCUCACCCAGGAAACCUCCUGCGGGCCCCCCGACGACGCCGCCACGGGGCCCGGGCGGGCCUUCAACGUCUGCGCCUCGGCCGACGGGCACCGCCUGCUCCUGAUGUCGCCCUCCAUGAAGCUGGCCGUCGAGGGCGUGCAGUACAUCGCCGACCACCUCCGAGCCGAGGACGCGGACUUCUCCGUGAAAGAGGACUGGAAGUAUGUUGCGAUGGUCAUAGACCGGAUAUUCCUCUGGAUGUUCAUCAUGGUGUGCAUUCUGGGAACUGUGGGACUCUUCCUUCCUCCGUGGCUGGCCGGAAUGAUCUAGAACAAUCUAAAACACGGAGGAGGGCCUGCCUCCCUCCGGAGCCAGAUUAAGGGGGAGUGGGCGGGAAGGGCCAGUAACACGACCGGAUAAAUUAUUCUCUCCCUUAUGGACAAUAUUUUUUUUAUGAAGGAUCAUUAGGGCACAAGCAGUGUAUGUUUAUUUAUUUAUUUAUUCAUUCCAUUUGUCCUUUUGAGGAGUUAGGGUGCUUGAGAGGGCUUUAUUCUGACCCAAGCUGUGAAUCACUAUCUAUCAUGUACAGCUGUUUUCCGCCCAUAUGCAUUUAACAUCCAUACUAAAUGCAGACAUGUUUGGGAAGGCUGUGCUUUUUGUGUUUGGAACAUAUCGAUUCCUUUUGAGACCAAAAAGAUGAUAAAUCGCCCUCCUAUAGGGCUUUUCCACCAACACAGUGCAGGAGCCAGUUCCCAAACCAAAUCUCGGACUGUUCAUUGAGCAUUUCCAAAAAAAAAAAAAAACUCAGUGAUCAAAAUCUGCUCUGAACCUGCCGGUCUGGAGCCAAGGAGCCCAUGUUGUCAGUGCCAGGGGUGGGGUAAUGACAUCUGAACCGCCAUUAAAAAAAAAUAAAUAAAUAAAUUUUUUUUAAAAGCAAUGGAUGCAGCAAGUGUGGGAAAUGGGACAAAAUGAGUGAAAUUAAUAGCAAAACGAUAACUCAGUAACUCAGCCAUGGUUUUUAUGUCAUGUCAAUUUCUGUAAAUUACCCUUUAUUUGAGUGUCAUUUUUUUUUUUUUGGACUGAUCCCCCAGUUGGCCUGAUCCCCUUGGACUGAGCACAGUGGCUCCCAACCACAGUCUUGGUGCCCCUGUGUGUUCAUUGGUUUUUGUUCCAAUCAUAGUUGCAAUCCUUGCAUUUCAACAAGAUGUUCAUUUUUCUUAAUUAGGUACUUUUCAUGCCUAAAGGGAUUAUUUACCCUAUUUAGGCCACAUUUAUGCCAGAAAUAGCUAUGCAUGCCAUGAAGAAUCAAAGUACAGUUUUCACAUUGUGCUUAUUGUGCUGUAUUGUUACAUAAAAAGAGAUAACAAAAUGAUUUAUCUGAUCAAAUUAAAGACUGGUGAGAUGAGUCAACUGGCUUCUAAUUAGGUUGUUGAAUACAUGUUUUUUAAGUUCUUUUGAAUCUUCAUUUUUUCCUUAAACUUACUAACACAAUGCAGGUUAUCAUUUGCUUUGUCUGAAUUCUUCAUUAUCUACCAAAUGGUUAGUUUUAGUGGCCAUGUGCCCACACUUUCACCAAUUAUGUGACAGUCAAACAUUACAAGAUAUUUUAAAAGGAACAAAUUAAUGGCGGCCAAAAAUAACACAGUCAGCACAGAUUCUUAGCUUUUCUAAACAUGCUUGGAGGGUUUUUAUUUUGCUAGCAAUUUAAAUGUUUUCUCUAAGGGACUCACAGCAUUAGUCUGUUUCUAUAUUGUCUGGGAAGUGAGGAUGAAUUAAAAACAUGUUUAUUUUCUGUGUCUGAAUGUCCGAAUGUCAAUGCCCUUGUUAAAAUGUUCAGCACUCUGAAUACUGAACACAAGUGCUAUUGCGUGCUAGAACCCCUCAUCUAACCUACCCAUGAAAUAUAUUUAAUGUGAUUUAACUAUUAUCACUGAAGAUAACAAUUAUCAAAUUUAACUGCCAGAUUCAUACCUUGCCAGAGUAUUACCUUCUUCCAGUUUCAACACAACAGGGACAAAAGAAAACACUAAGAAACAAAAGAAAAAGCUAAAAACACACAACCAAGGAACCAACAGCUAUAUAAAAAGAGGAAAAUCCUUCUUCUCCAAGGGUCCAUAACCAGCUGGUUUUCCACGUGGCCAUCUUAAAUGAAAUACCUUACCCAGCAGGGCUUGAGGAUGUUUGGCUGAUUGGGUUAUUCCAAGUUAAGAAGGGGGGAUGCAGUGGUCAGGCUCAUUAAUGACAAGGACUGGCCUAUAUAAAAGCUGACAGUGUAGGCUACUUAUUACAGUGACCUUAUGUUGUUGAAAGCAGGGUUAAAACCAUGAUAUUAUUAUCAAAAGAUUCAUGAAUUUUGUCUCUUUCUAACAAGACCAAGCAUGAAUAUGUUAUGAGGUAAUUCAGUUCAGCUGUUAAAUACCUCUAAAAAGCAUGGAAGUUCACUUAUAUUUCUAACAACAGAGGUGAUAUUUGUAGACAAAUAAUUGUUAAAAAACCAACCAGCUGUAAUCACUUUCAGGCAACAUAUUUUCAAUGGAACAAAACCAAAUCAUACUGCAUUGGUUUCCACUUGAAACUUGGAACUGCUUCUAAAAAUGUAGAUUUCAACUUUCAGGUCUCAAAAACCAUUAUCUAUAUGGACAGAAGGAUUUUCAAUCCAUGAUUCGAUGCAAUGUCACUGUUUGCAUUUCAACUUAAAUCAAGAGGGACAUGUGCAUUCAGUGUCCAUGCUGGGCCUCUGGCCCCAUAAAUAGCUUAUACUGUCUCUUCCAAGACAAACUCUGCAGGAUGUGGGACCCAUGGAUCACACUGCUCCCCACUGAGGAGCCAGAGAAUAACUGCAAUGGCACACUACUCCCCACUGAUCAUCCAGAGAUAACUGCACACUGUUCCCCACUGAUCAGCCAGAGACAACUGCACACUGCUCCCCACUGAUCAGCCAGAGAAUAACUGCAAUGGCACACUACUCCCCACUGAUCAUCCAGAGAUAACUGCACACUUUUCCCCACUGAUCAGCCAGAGAUAACUGCACAUUGCUCCCCACUGAUCAGCCAGAGAUAACUGCACGCUGCUCCCUAAUGAUCAGCCAGAGAUAACUGCACACUGCUCCCCACUGAUCAGCCAGAGAUAACUGCACACUGUUCCCCAAUGAUCAGCUAGAGAUAACUGCACACUGCUCCCCACUGAUCAGCCAGAGACAACUGCACACUGCUCCCCACUGAUCAGCCAGAGACAACUGCACACUGCUCCCCACUGAUCAGCCAGAGAAUAACUGCAAUGGCACACUACUCCCCACUGAUCAUCCAGAGAUAACUGCACACUGUUCCCCACUGAUCAGCCAGAGAUAACUGCACACUGCUCCCCACUGAUCAGCCAGAGAUAACUGCACACUGCUCCCCACUGAUCAGCCAGAGAUAACUGCACUCUGGACACUACUCCCCACUGAUCAGCCAGAGAAUAACUGCACACUGCUCCCCACUGAUCAGCCAGAUAUAACUGCACACUGCUUCCCACUGAGCAGGCCAAAGGAAAAAUGCAACUGCAACUGUACAUUUCUGUACAGAGUUUGAUAAAUAGUUGGGUUCUUUAUAAACCUUGCUGUCCUUCAUAAUUUGGCCUUCAGCCUUGUUUUGCCUGUGGGCAUAAGCUGUGGUUGGAAGGAAUGUUCCAGCCCAGUGCCUCCAGCCAAUUUAUAAACCCCCAGCGCAACACUCCAGCCAAUAGCAGUCAUCUUCAGGGUGU